AUGAUGAGUAGUGCGAGCACCGCGGACGACCCCAACGACCAGAACAGUCUCCCGUCGUUCACGUCGUUCUCCGCCGAGCUGGAGCCCUCGUGGGACUACUACGAGCAACGUCCGGAGGAGCGCAGCUCAGCGAACGGCAGCGGCGGCGCAGGAAGCGCAGAUGUGACUGCGUCACAGGCGACCGUCAACGGUAGCUACACCCGUCCUUGGGAGAUGGACCCCAAGGAGAAUCGCAUGGCGCCCCCCGCGCCCAACAACAGUGGGCCCCCGGGGACACCGGGCACACCGGGGAGCGCGGCGGCCACCACCCCCGGGCCGGCCACCGGCGGCUUCGAGCCGUACCCUAAGCUACCCUCGUUCCAGAGCCAGUUCCACAGCUUCACCGAUCCGCAGCUGGUCACUCCGGAACCGACGCUCCCGCAGGUGACGGCCGUUCCGGUGCCGAUAUCACCGAGUUCCGGUUCACCCGGCACGGGCGGUUCGCUGACGCAGCUGACCCAGCUGACACCGACGCCCCUGGCGGCGCCUCUGCAGUCCAGCUUCCACACGCUGUCGGCGGCCGUCAACAGUCGGCCCCCGUAUCCGCUGGUUCCGGCCCCGAUUCCGGUGCGCGAGCUACACCAGCACCAGUACAUCGACGAUCGGCACAUCCAGCUGUAUCAACCGAUCUCGACCUUCCAGCCGCAGACGCUGUCCACGCUGACGGUCAUCAAGAACGAGGCCGUCGACUAUGACAUGUCGGCGCACCUGAAGAACGGAACGCUGCACCACAGCAACUUCCAGAACCCGCUGCUGGACAACGGACUGUUUGCGCAGAACGGAACCACGGUGCACCACAUCCAGCACCACCACCAGUCGGCGGUCCAGCUGCAAUCCCACCAUCUGCAGCACCAUGCCCAACAACAGACCACCAUUCUGGCGCACCACCAGCACCAGCAGCUCCAGCAGCACCAGCAGCAACAACAUCAGCAGCAGCAGCAGCACCAGCAGCAGCUACUGCCUCACCACCAGCAGCAACACAAUCUGAUCACACCGUCGGAUCACCACAACAACAACCACCACCACAAUGGCAAGUCGUCGGUGUCGGUGGUGGCGACGGCGGCGGCGGCGACGGUGACCGUGGUCGGUCACGAUCAGCAUCAUCCGGGCACACCGACCACGCGCAUCGACAAUCGGAAGAAGGAGCGCCGGAAAAUGCGGGCCCCGUCGCUGGAGUCGAGCGCCGAGUCCGAGGGCAGCAGCGCGAUGGCGAUGGACAUCGGCGACAGCGGUAACCCGGGGCAGGUGGCCGCCAUCUCGAGCACCGCCAACUUCAAGAGCCCGCUCCACACGAUGAGCAUGGACACGGACGACGGCAGCAUCGGGGGCGGUGUCGGCGAGAAGUCGACGAAGAAGAAACGCAAGCGCUGCGGCGAGUGUGUCGGGUGUUCGCGCAAGGACAACUGCGGCGACUGUGCGCCGUGCCGCAACGACAAGAGCCACCAGAUCUGCAAGACCCGGCGCUGCGAGAAGCUGACCGAGAAGAAGAUUCUCUACGGUCCAGAUGGACAGUUGCUCAAGCCGGAGUCCCGCCGGGGACGGGGCAAGAGCAGCAAAUCGAAGGCCAGCGCCGCGGCCGGAGCCGCCGGCGGUGCGACGAACGGAACGAACGGAAACGCUAAUGGAGCGAUCGUCUCCUACGACGCCAACGGGCAGGUUGUUCGUGCCGAAGGAAAGCGAGGCCGUGGACGUGGACGUGGUGGCGGGGUAAGAACAUUCACCUAUCUUACCGUAGACAGUUGA